AUGGGGGCCCGGCUGCCGUACCGGACCAUCGUCGCAGCGCCAGCCGCCAGCUCUGCAUCGAUGAGUGGUUCGGUGCGCAGCGUGGCUUCUUCUCCGGCGCCGACAGCACCUCCGGGGCAUGCCGGUGCCCUGCAGAAGGCCCAAGGCAAAGCAGUGCCGCAUGCACAGCCGACGCACCCUGGGACAGCGCGGUCGCGACCCGGGAUUGAGACCCCACAAGAUCGCUCACAGGCUCCCUCCCGAACCUCCAGCCUGGACUCCUCGGGUGCGGCUUCGGGCGUGGCCUCCGGUGCCUCACACUUCCGGACCCGUAGCCGAGACUCAGACUUCCGGGAGUCGCGCUUCUAUUCCGGCCAGAGGUCGCCAAGCGUGGAGUCCUCGGCGAGCCUGCAGAAAGUUCAAACAAACCUGCACCAAAGCCGACAGCACAUGCAAGAGGUCGAGCAGACUAUGCAGGCCAUGCGAGGAGCCUUGGAGAGUUCCAAGGAGCUGCUCACGAGGAGCUCACUUGCGCACGGCGACGAUGUGCUAACAGUGAGCGCAGCAAACGAGAAGGAGCCGACAAGCUUGGAGGAGCUUGCAAGGAGGCUCCAAUCUCAGCAAGAAGCUUUGAUCGCCAAGCUCACCCAACGCUGGGAACAGCGCUUUGCUGCUCUUGAGCAGGCUCUUAGCAGCGGCCUCGAGGUGGCCACAGCCGCCACGGGCUCCAUGAAUGACCGGCUGACACGCUUCGUCAGCUUGGCAGAAGUCCUGGAGGGUGCCGUCGAGCGGGUGAUCCACAGCAGCAAAGACAUCGCCACGCUUUCGCGGAAAGUCAGCCAGAUUGAGGAUGAUGUCGCCUGCCUGGCACAGGAGUUGGCCAGCGACCAGAAGGGUCGAAGCGAGGCCGUGACCCUUGCCGAGGUGGAUGCGGCCUGCGAGGAGCUGCGCCGUGAGCUCGGCCCGGGCCUGGAAUUCCGCGGCU